UUCCGGCUUCCCAUUCACUUCGCAGUGAUCGCAGUGAAGAUGGCGUCGGGCAGCGGGACAAAAAAUUUGGACUUUCGCCGAAAGUGGGACAAAGAUGAAUAUGAGAAGCUCGCCGAGAAGAGGCUCACGGAAGAGAGAGAAAAGAAGGAUGGAAAACCAGUGCAGCCAGUCAAACGGGAGCUUCUCCGGCAUAGAGACUAUAAGGUGGACCUGGAAUCCAAGCUUGGGAAGACAAUUGUCAUUACCAAGACCACGCCACAAUCUGAGAUGGGAGGGUAUUAUUGCAAUGUCUGUGACUGUGUGGUGAAGGACUCUAUCAACUUCCUGGAUCACAUUAAUGGAAAGAAACAUCAGCGAAAUCUGGGCAUGUCUAUGCGUGUGGAACGUUCCACCUUGGAUCAGGUGAAGAAACGUUUUGAAGUCAACAAGAAGAAGAUGGAAGAGAAACAGAAAGAUUAUGAUUUUGAGGAAAGAAUGAAAGAGCUCAGAGAAGAGGAGGAAAAGGCCAAAGCCUACAAGAAAGAGAAACAGAAGGAGAAGAAAAGGAGGGCUGAGGAGGACUUGACAUUUGAGGAGGAUGAUGAGAUGGCAGCUGUGAUGGGCUUCUCUGGCUUUGGUUCCACCAAGAAGAGUUACUGAGGCUUUCUGUGCUUGGCUCUUUGCUAACUUUGUGUGUGGGAGGGGUCAUUUUUUGGGGGGUACUUGGGAAAGUCCUUAAGAGCCGCAGAGGGGAGGGCUAGAGGGUGGGUGUCUAUGGUUUCCCUCUACUUUGGGAGAGUGAACAGGAUGCAGAGGUAAUGCUGUGGCAUAUUCCUUUAGCCUCAGUAUAUCACUGGAGUCACAGGACCUCUGCCCGAGUUCCCAAUAAAGAAAAACCUCUUCUGAGGCUGCUUUCCCAAAACUCCCCCUGUAUCUUUCCCUCCUCAUCUGUCCAAUUUCUUCUCUGAGCAUCCUACAUUUAUCCUGUGUUUUCCCUUUGUUUUAAUUUUGACUCUUGCUUAGCCUGCAGCAGAAGGGUUCUCUGGGUCCCCAGUGUCCAGUUGAUAGCACAUUUUGACCAGCCCUCUUCCCCUCCCCCCCAACCUCCCUGUGAUUCUCUACCACCUGUGCAUGCAUGUGUAUUUCUGCCUGGGUCAGUGGUAUGUGCGGGUGUGUGUGCAUGAAUUUGUCACAUAGAGAGAGCCUGAGCUAGAACCUCAGAGCAUUGCUGCCUUGGGGCCUGAUGUUCUUGGCUCUCUCAGUGCAUGUAACAGGAAAUUAAAUGGGACGAGUGUUUGGUGUGGUUUUUGUCUGGUGAGUUUUUUAACCUUUGUUUUUCAUAUGUAGACUGUCAGCUUUUCCUGUUUGUUUCAUUUUAUUGAGGAUUACUCUUUUUCUUUUUUUCUUCCUUGUGAGCAGGCUCUUGGAAGAACCUGUUUGAUGCAAAAAAGAAAAAGGAAAAAAAAAACUUCAUAUGGGAGCCCUUGGGUCUCAGAGACUGUUCAACAUGUAUAAUAAAUGGCAUUGACUGGGCCUAUUCACAUUUGGUGGGAACAUUCCAUAUUCUUCCCUGUGUAUUGUUUUUGUUCUUCCUACACUGAGUAUUACAUAUAGAGCUUUUCUUUCUUCUCCCUUCAUUUGAGCCC